GACAUUUACCAAAGAACGCAGCAAUUGUGACAAAUAUAGUCUAUUAACUGAGUAGGGUUUCUCCAAACUAAUUAUCAUUUUCAGAAUCAAUUAAUCUGCUCUUUAGUUUCUCAGUUAAUUAUUUGCUCCAUCUUAAUAAGGCCACGGCGAUGUCAUCAAACUGCAUCAAUAAGUUUUCAUUGUUUUGCAGUUAAGGACGAUCAAACCAUGUAAUACAUUGACGUAGAUAGUUUCCAGUAUUGUAGACCGUGGUAUUAAUAAUCCGGUACCAGUCCGAUGUCGCGAGCCUACCGAUGACAUCCAGGAAGCUAGGCGGCGCUAGACCGCAGACGUCGCGAGAGCACAGGAGCAUCAGGAAGAGACAGUUGACGUUGUUACGCCUUGCUAGAUGAUUGGCGAGGUAAGAUGGCGGCGCCAGAGGAGCCAGAAUUAUCUCAGGCGCAGACAGAAAAGCUCCUUCAAUUUCAGGACCUGACUGGUUUGGAAUCAAUGGACCAAUGUCGUCGAACAUUAGAACAGCACAAUUGGAACAUAGAGGCUGCAGUACAGGACCGACUUAAUGAACAGGAAGGAGUGCCCAGUGUGUUUAACCCUCCACCAUCCAGACCAUUACAGGUUAAUACAGCAGACCAUAGAGUAUAUAGUUACAUCGUCUCAAGGCCACAACCCAGGGGAUUAUUAGGAUGGAGUUACUACAUGAUAAUGCUACCUUUCAGAUUUACAUAUUACACACUUCUGGACAUAUUCAGGUUUGCCCUGCGUUUCGUCAGGCCAGAUCCUCGUGGCCGUGUGACAGACCCAGUCGGAGAUGUUGUGUCCUUCAUUCAUAGUUUUGAGGAGAAGUAUGGACGGUCACACCCUGUAUUUUACCAGGGAACAUACAGCCAGGCAUUGAAUGAUGCCAAACGGGAGCUCCGCUACUUAUUAGUGUACCUUCAUGGGGAGGAUCAUCAAGACACUGACGAGUUUUGCCGCUCCACAUUAUGUACAGAAGAGGUCGUAACCUUCCUCAACACACAAAUGCUCUUUUGGGCAUGCUCAACCAGCAAGCCUGAGGGCUACAGAGUGUCCCAAGCAUUGCGAGAGAAUACCUACCCAUUCCUGGCCAUGAUAAUGCUGAAGGACCGCAAGAUGACAGUGGUGGGCAGGCUCGAGGGUCUCAUUCAGCCAGAGGACUUAGUCAAUCAGCUCACGUUCAUCAUGGAUGCCAACCAAACACAUCUGAUGUCAGAGCGCCUCGAACGGGAGGAGAGGAGCCAGACCCAAGUGCUCCGGCAGCAGCAGGAUGAGGCCUAUCUUGCCUCCCUCCAUGCUGACCAGGAAAAGGACCGAAAGAAAAGGGAGGAGGAGGACCAGAUAAGGCAAGAGGAGGAAAAGGUCCGACAGAGUGCUCUUGCUGAGGAACGAAGACAACAAACCCUCGAAGAGGAGAAGGAGAGAAAGUCUGAAUGUCUUCCCCCAGAGCCACCUGCAGAUGAUCCAGAAAGUGUCAAAAUAGUGUUUAAGCUGCCCAAUGACACAAGAGUAGAGCGACGAUUCCUCUUCGGGCAGUCUUUGACGGUAAUUUACGACUUCCUCUUCUCUUUGAAAGAAAGCCCAGAGAAGUUUCAGAUAAUUACAAACUUCCCUCGUCGAGUCUUGCCCUGCCUUCCGACUGAAGAGCAACCCAACCCUCCCACACUGAAAGAGGCGGGACUCAGUCGCUCUGAAGUCCUUUUUGUUCAGGACCUUACAGAUGAUUAAUAGAUGACAUACACUCCUGUUCAAUGGAAACCAGUUUUCCUCCAAUUCCCAACCACCCCCUUUUCUUAUUUUGUUAAAUGGCCAUUAUGCACAAGUGAUCAUUGAGAUAAAAUCAUAACCUGGAGAAAAAAAAUGUAAUCACCCUGCAUCCGGUCCUUGUUUGGUUGUGUGUACAGGGUUCCCAGUAGCCUGGAAAGUCUUGAAUUUUAUCAAAUAAAUAUUUCUUGAAGUCGU